UCCCAAGCACGGGUACGUUUGCGUUCAUUUUUCAGCACGAGUGCCAUUCACGGUCCUAGGAGAGCCUUUGUUGCAGCAGCCAGCAGCCACACGCGAGAGAGAAAGAGCGAGAGAUGCCGGCAACUGCGACGCUGGUGGGAGCCCUUCUAGGGCUCGGCACUCAGAUGUACUCCAACGCCCUUCGGAAGCUUCCCUACAUGAGGCACCCAUGGGAACACCUUCUUGGGAUGGGCCUCGGCGCCGUGUUCGCCAACCAACUUGUGAAGUGGGACGCGCAGUUGCAGGAAGAUCUUGAUAAGAUGCUGGAGAAGGCCAAGGCUGCCAAUGAGAGCAGAUAUUUCGACGCUGAUGAUGACUAGCGCUUGAUUAUCUCCUCAUCCGAAAUAUGCACAUAUUUUCUCGUUGGAAAACUUCGAGUGUGGGUUUUGAGGGUAAACGGUGAAGUUUGUUAAACUUCAAAAUCAUUGUAACUGUUUAAGCACUUUGCCAUUUCAACUUUUCCAAAUAAGCUUCCUUGUAAUGAAAUUUCAGAAAUGAGAGAAAACAAAUUGAAUCAUUUUUCUA